CAUUAUCAUGGUCAGCAAGAACAUUUUCAACAGCUUGAUAAGCUCAAAGAUAAUGAUCGUAUAAAAGGAUUGAUCGGUUGGGUAACCUUUGGUGUAAUUGAUGAUAAAUACGAUGUUGCGAUUUCAAUUGCCUGUCCUGCAUUGAACAACAUCGUAGUUGAUUCUAUUGAAGUUGUAUAG